AGCAGAGAGUGAAGUCAGCGCUGAGCCCCACACCGAGAUGAAGAGCCUCCUCAUCCUCUCCUGGCUGCUGUGUGUCCGAGCAGAAGUUCUUCAUGAGGGUAUUGUUAUCAGAGGCUGUUCAUCCUCUGAUGAAGAGUUCAUGAUUGGUGCAGACGCUGAGGAGGGAGGGUACGUCGACUUCAAGAACCACAGAGGAGUCAUUACUCUGCCCAAGUUUGCAGAUCCUCUCACCUUCCCAGGAUUUUAUGAACUGGCUGUGGCUCAGCUGGAGAUCUGCAAAUAUGACCUGGCAAAUUUUGAUCGUGACUAUAAGAACCCACCAGUGAAACUCGACGUUCCUCACAGCACCAUCUACACCAAAGACGAAGUGCAGCUCGACGUGGAGAACCACCUCAUCUGCCACGUGAGCGGGUUCUUUCCCGCUCCUGUCUCCGUCUACUGGACCAGGAACGAGCAGAACGUGACCGAGGGAACCAGCAUCAACACCCCGUACCCCAGCAAAGACGGAACCUUCACCCAGAUCUCCACCCUGAAGUUCACCCCCCAGCAGGGAGACAUCUACAGCUGCACGGUGCAGCACCCAGCUCUGGAGCAGCCGCUGACCCGAGUCUGGGAUGUGGAGCAGGACCAGCCGGGGAUCGGACCUGCGGUGUUUUGUGGACUGGGUCUGACCGUGGGUCUGCUGGGCGUGGCCACAGGAACCUUCUUCCUCAUCAAAGGAAACGAAUGCAGCUGAUUGGCUGAUUGUCUGCUGCUGAUCAACAUGGAGCACAGCGCAAACGUGCUAGCUUCCACUCUGAUAAAAUUCAAUUAAACAAAGAUUGUUUUCAAGAGAUUCUGUAUGAAGUUGCUGUUGGUUCCUGUGAUACUUUAGCUUCUUACUUUCAAUCAACUUUCAAUACAUUUCCCAUCAUGCUUCACAGCAUGACAAACCAAAAUUAACACAGCGCUAUCCCAAAGCCCAAAGCAACACCCAGCUCCUCGUGAUGUGCAAGUCAUGAAUGAGUUGCUCCAAACUCAAGACUCUUUUUAUUGACUCCUCCUCUCCUUCCUGCCUGGUGAGGUGGGACAGUGUGUCACUGCUGUGCAAGUCUUACAUUAAACUGUAAACUUACAUUAAACUUCUUUACAUGU